CAUGUUUUCACAACAUAUUAUCAUGCAAUUCAUAUUUUAUUGUUGUAUUGAUACUGAAUAGUAUUGUUUUAAACUAUUUUUAUGGCAUUUUAAGGUAUUUCAAGACAUUAUCUUUAUACUGUAGAUGCCAUUGUCUAAUAAGGAGAGGGCUGCACGGCACAGACAAAAGAUCAAUGCAGAUCCAGUUGCUAGGGAGGAAAGACUAGCCAGAAGAAGAGCAAGCUAUCAGAGAAGAAAGAGGGGGAAGGAUGGCAAUCCUGAUCAUCCACCAAUCUAUAUAAUGACGCAAUCAGAUGCUGAAAAAAAGAGGGAAAAAUGGAGAUUAAAUCAGAGGCGGCGCCGUGAAAAAAUCAAACAAGUGAAUGUGGUGAUGAACUUAACUCCGGAAUCCAUUGAAGGAAACUCUUUUGAGCAGCCCCCUGAACAACUUGUACAAGUACAACAUGAACCUGCACCUCCAGAGCUGGAGCAACCAUCUGAGUCUUUGAUUCCAGAAGUAGAGCAAUCCCUUGAGGCUCAAUCUCAAACACUGGAGCAACCACUUUCUUCCUCCACUCCAGAAAAAGUGAAAAAGAUGGACACGGAGAAUCAGUUCUGCAGUCCAACUGAAAUGGAGACAGUUGUCAACAGUGAGAGGUGUCAGAAACAUAGCCUGGUGUGUGCAACUGUCUCCACCUUGGACAAGUGUCUCCAGUGUGUGGGACCUGUGUCCUCCCUCAAGUGGCUUGGCUAUAAAUGCAGAGAACUCCCACAAGAAAAUGUUUGUAAGGUGGAGGAGGACGGGGUUUCCAGUGACCAGCACCUGGAUAACCUGGAGAGGAGCUGCAGCCCGGACCAGGAGGAACCAGGGCAUCCACAGACUACAGAACUGGAGGAAGACUCCAGCGGUCAGGAGAUGAAGCACGAGGACGUAGAGGUGGAUGUCUCAUUGGUCAAUGUUGCUGAUGUGAAAGUUGAAAAUGGGGAACCAGGACCAAACUGUGGCCAGCUGCUGUUGCACACUUCUCCUGAAGCUCAAAACAAAGAUGAGGAAGGGACUGAAAGUUUACGCUCAGACUCCAGUAAAACUGCAGAUCCGGAGCCAAUGAGACGACACGGUGACCACGAAGAUGCUGCUGUCCCGUCAGACAGCAACUAUAAAUCAAAGCUGACCAGGACCCACACGGGGAAGAAGGUAUUUUCUUGCAGCACUUGCAGGAAAGAGUUCAGUAAUAGUAGUAAUUUAAUGGAUCACAUGAAGAUCCACACUGGCGAAAGGCUGUACCUGUGCAACACCUGCGACAAAACCUUUACUUAUUUAUCAUAUCUUAAACGGCAUAUAACCACGCACACGGGCGAGAAGCCCUACAUCUGCAAAACAUGUGGAAAAAGUUACAGGCUACAUUCCCAUCUGGUGAUUCACUCGAAGACCCACAUGGACGAGAAGCCCUACAUCUGCAAAACAUGUGGAAAGAGUUACAAGCAACGUUGCCACCUGGUGGUUCACUCAAGGACCCACACCGGCGAAAGGCCGCACGUGUGCAGCACCUGCAGCAAAACCUUUACUAUUUCAUCGGAUCUUAAACGCCACAUAACCACGCACACCGGCGAGAAGCCCUACAUCUGCAAAACAUGUGGAAAAAGUUACAGGCUACGUUCCCACCUGCUGGUUCACUCGAGGAUCCACACGGGCGAGAAGCCGUACCUGUGCAACACCUGCGGAAAAACCUUUACUCAGUUAUCAGCUCUUAAAAGCCACAUAACCACGCACACGGGCGAGAAGCCCUACAUGUGCAAAACAUGUGGUAAAAGUUACACAGAACGUUGCCACCUGGUGGUUCACUCGAGGAUCCACACCGGCGAAAGGCCGUACCUGUGCAACAUCUGCGGAAAAACCUUUACUAGAUCAUCAAAUCUUAAAAGCCACAUAACCACGCACACGGGCGAGAAGCCCUACAUCUGCAAAACAUGUGGAAACAGUUACAAGCAACGUUGCAACCUGGUGGUUCACUCGAGGACCCACACCGGCGAAAGGCCGCACGUGUGCAGCACCUGCAGCAAAACCUUCACUAAUUUAUCGGAUCUUAAACGCCACAUAACCACGCACACGGGCGAGAAGCCCUACAUCUGCAAAACAUGUGGAAAGAGUUACAAGCAACAUUACAGCUUGGUGUUUCACUCGAGGACCCACACGGGCGAGAAGCUAUAUUUGUGCAAGACGUGCAACAAAGGUUUUGGCCGCAGAAUUGAUUUGCUGAGUCACAUGAAAAAUCACCCGGAGGAGAAGUCUGGUGACUCGUGACAAAUGAAGCUCAUGUUGUCGUCCUCCGGGGGCAGCUGUCCACUCCUGUCUGGCCCACAGAAGAAGAACCCGCAGAAGUCCAACCACCACCUCCUGUGGCUGAUGAGACUAAUCCCCUCCCCACAAGGGUUGCAGGUUCAACCCGGAUUUAUGUUUCUCCGUCAACUUGACGCAGAGGGAACGAUGUGGUUGUGUACUUUUUUUAAAGUUCUGCAUUGAGUUUGUUUGAAUCCCUGUUCCUUCUUAAAAUCGUAUUAUUUGUUGCUGUUGGUAACU